AUGCCGCUCCUCGCCGCGGCAGGCGUUGCCACAGCGGCGGGCGCUGGAGGGACGCUCUUCGGCUACAAUCGAGAAAACUAUCUCUAUGACAGGAAGAUGCGCCAGGAAACGGAGUACCAGAUUAUGGACUUCAGAAUAAAGCAGGCAGAGCUUUGGCGAGAAGAUGUCCGAGACAUCAUCGGCCUGACCUCAGUGAAAAUGGACACUUACCUGAUCGUGAAUGCUGUGCAGUUAGGCUUCACGGUCAUGGCCUUCUGUGAAGGCCGCCUGGCCAGCG